CAGCUAUCGCGCAUUGUCGAGGCGCACCACGUGUGAAGUUUCGUGACCGAAUCCAUAAAAGUCUAUUCGAAAUCCAGUAGCCUUUGCCCUUGUGUACCAGAAGCGUCUGUUGUACGCGAGUAACGCGAAAUUUCCUUCUGUGUUUCUAAUUUUUUCGGUGCAUAGACGGCUCUCGAUCGUAAAAAUUGCUAACUCUACAGAAUCCAAUGAAUCCGGUUGAACAUUCGCGAAAUCGGUGGGUGUUCUGGAAAUAACACACACCAGAAAUCAAACGACAACAAAGGUGAACAAUGAAUCGGAGAUUCGCGCGCUCGAAGGUCAUAGGGCGCCUAUAUGGGCGCAACUCGUCAUACGUCAAGGUUACCCCUUUCAACGAUCACUGCCAUUUAUGAUGCGAUUACGAUUGAUUGAUUGAUUGACUUUGAUAACGCUUAGUAAUUUUUCCCUCCGGAGAAUCAACGGACCAAAAUUUAUGUCUACAACUAGCAAUGUGCAGAUAUUGCACCGCAAGAGUAUGUAAAAUAUCUCUUCCAACCGAUUGUAGUCUCCGGACGCGCAGUCGUCUCUCAACCGCGGCAGACACCGGGUGGCUUGUACCUUCCAUCGUGAGCGACGACGCGGGACGCGACCCAAGAUUGCGUUUAUCAACCGAUCUUUGUCAAGAAAUCAGCAUAAAAUCAAGGCGCGAAAGAAAAAUAAAGAUUUUCAUUCCUUUAUGAAUAUCCAUUGGGAUGUCUUUGAGUAAUGGAUAAUUGUUGUUGAAAAUUUUUAAUUAUUUUUUAACUACGUAGUGAAUUUUAAUCAACAAUUUUAUUACAUACAGAGUCACUAGGUCCAGUAGAGAUCUUCUUCGAGGAUAGUGAAGAAGAUAAUUCAUUUGUCAAAUUCUUUUAUCGUCCAGGAUGACCGUAACAAAGAGCAGUGAAACAAAGCAAGAAUCUACCCCGGAUUUAACUUACAACACAUUGCAAGGUGCACGUACUCAAAUUGAUGGGGAAAAUCGAAAUACACGUGUGUCAAGCGAGGAACCAAUUCUCAGAAACGAAAGCUCAAGUAAUAACAACAAUGACGACCAUGAUCAUCAAAAUGAAAGUCACCUGCACACUACAAUCAUCGCCAAUCCAGCACCACCAAUUGUUCAAGAAAUGUCAUUAGAUGCAGAGGUUGGUGCUCCCCUUAUUCGGCCGCAGGAUUGGGUACGCAAUGCUCCUCAAGUUUUAAGAUCAAAUAGUGAGGAUGACGAAGUUGUAGCAUCAAAGAAGAAGGACCCAGAAGAUCCAGGACAUGGUGACAUCUUGUCACCAGAGUACUUGCUAGCUACAAAUAAUGCCAGCAGGCACGAACCACCCGAUGGAGGUGUCAGAGCAUGGUCCGUCAUGGUUGCAAGCUUUUUCAUCAAUGGAGUACUUUUUGGCAUUAUAAACGCAUACUCGGUUGUGUAUAUAAAACUACAAGCUGGAUUACAAGAAACUGGCGAUACCGAAGCAUCUUCCAAAGCCGCCCUGGUUGGUUCUUUGACAAUUGGUACAACUUUCCUCUUGUCCCCAAUUGCUGGUAUCCUAACAGAUAAAAUUGGAAUACGGUUGACAACAUUUAUUGGAGGAGCACUAGCCUCUGGUGGAAUGCUUUUAUCUUCUUUACUUUACGACAAGGUAGAAGCCCUUUUCGUGACGUACGGAGUCAUGUACGGACUCGGUGCAAGUCUUGCGUAUACUCCGAGUCUCGUAAUACUCGGACAUUAUUUCAAAAAAUAUUUGGGAUUCGUCAACGGUGUCGUUACUGCAGGCAGCUCCGUAUUUACCAUCCUCAUGCCUUACCUGAUGUCUGCAUUACUGAAACACGUUGGGCUAGCAGGACUCCUGCAAUGCCUCGCUGGCCUUACCGCUGUCGUUAUGGGAUGCUCGUUACUUUUCAAACCAGUUUUGCCACCUCCGCCACCAAAUAUAGAGGACUCGCGUUUACGUAAAACUUCUCUAAAAACCAAACUCAAGGAAGUUAUCAACGUUUCGAUAUGGAAACAGAAACGAUAUGUCUUAUGGGCUGGUGCCAUACCAAUCGCGUUAUUUGGGAACUAUUUCUUUUUCAACUCAGGUACUUCGUCCCCUAUAUUCACUUUGGGAAAUUCAUCAAGAGCAGAUUCGUGGGAGCUAGUGAAAAUUUACCUGUCGUAUGCAUCGGCAUCACCUCUGGUCUCGGACGGCUUAUAUUUGGAUACAUCGCUGACCUACCACGCAUCAAUCGUAUGCUACUCCAACAGUAUCGGAGUCCUCACGAUGCUCCUGCCUCUGACGCACUCUUUCGAAGUAAUUCUUGCCAUAUCUCUUGGAAUGGGACUUUUUGAUGGAUGUUUUAUAUCUCUAUUGGGUCCCAUCGCCUUCGAUAUAUGUGGACGGAAAGGAGCUACUCAGGCGAUAGGAUUUCUUCUCGGUAUGUGCUCUAUACCACUCACCAUUGGUCCUCCCGUCGCAGGGGUUUUAUUCGAUCACACCGGGUCGUACGAUUUGGCGUUUUAUUUGGCUGGAAUUCCCCCAAUUUGUGGUGCACUUGCAAUGUUCCUAAUAAGGUGCGUUGAUGAAGAGAGAUCUGGACGUGGCAAAGCUGAGCCAAUAAACCAAACACGUCAUCCCAUAGCUCAAAAUGCCUGGCAAAACGAAGAAAAGGAGCUUCAGGAUAUGAGCAGGAAUGGUGUACCCUUGAAAUCCCCGUGAUUGUUAAAAUCUACCUAUAUUUCCAGAUCUAUCGUAAAAUUACCCGAUGUUGACCGUUCGGCUCAUUGGGAUUGUUUAGUUAGCUUGAAAUUGUUACGCAAUUCUUGAUUACGAUACAAGAUUGCUCUAGAAUUUUAAUAACCGUUGAUAGACGAGAAUUAAUAAUUUACAUAGUUUUUUUUUUUAAUUCAACUGGCCAAAAGUGCAGGUCACGCACAUUAUCAAUUAGGUAAUUACCUCCCAAUGCUCCUCUAUCUCUCAAACUAGAAACGACUUCCUAGUACCUACUUUUAGUUACUCGUGAUUUCGAAAUUGGGCACACUAGUUCAGUGGUACGCUUCAAUACCUAUUUUCAGAGACACGAAAUAUACAUACGGUCUUUAUACUCAUUGUCAAAUGACGUCGCGCGAUCAGUAAUUUUUCAUAAUUUACUAUUUUUUACUCAUUCUCAACGUUUAAUCACAGAAUUAGCUAUCACACGGUAUGCACACACGUAUCUCUGUAUGUAUAGAUAGGUAUCACAUUAUUGCAGUAUAACUGGUGUAGCCUAUAGUCGAUUGACAACCAAAGUGCAUUUAUCGAUAUACAUAUGUUAGAAACCAAUUGUAUUUUGUAUGCAUAAUUGUUUUUUCGUGGGGCCUUGUUUACGCCAUUUAGUCCGUGACGCGUGUGAUAAUAGUUUCGACGAUGAUAAGGAUAACGAUGAUAUCUUUUCAAAUAUUUAUAUGCCGUGAAGCGAAGCGAGUAGCAAAAUUGAAAAAAGAGUAAAAGAAAAUUAUGUAGCGAGUCUAUGACUUUCCACAUAUUUCAGCUCCUCUGUUUUGCAAAAUCAAAAAUCAAUUGUCGCACAUGAAUUACAGGGUGUCGAAUCGCUCUGUGCUGCGGCUAGUUAGAUGCUAUGCCAGACGAGGACAACGUACGUACAUAUUCCUUACAACGAAACUCCUGUGUAAAAAAAAUUUACUCACAAUAAGUACAAAAACAUGCAUAAAACGUUUUGCGUAAAGGUAGAGAUAUACAGUCACCCAUACAUACAUAUAUAACGUUAUAAUGAUUAAAUGAAUGUCUAUAAAUAUACGGGAAUUGAGUACUUAACUGUCGAUUUGUUUAUACAUUUCUUCAAAGCAUCGGUCUUGGAUACACAUUACAAAAAAUAGCGUGCUGUUUAGCUUAAAUACAUGGAUAUCUAUGAUGCAUAAUAAUUUAGAUAUAUUCUUAUAGUAUUACAGGUAUGUUGAUUCAGUGACAGAAUAAAUAUGUAUUGUAUGUAACAUGUAUGUUAUACUUACAUAUCGUUGGAAUUAUCAUCGUUGUUAUCGAUUGUUCUCUGCCAUCACUUUAUCAUUUAGCCUUAAAUAUGCAGCUAGUUUAAAAGAUCAACAAUGAUCCAUUGACACCGACUUAUUGUGAUUUUUCUUUUUUCUCCUUGUUCUGUAAGGCACGUGUAUGUAUUUAACGACCAUACAUUAUUACAUCAUUUUAUAUAACUAAUAAAAUAUACUAUAUUUAAUCAUA